UGGCAGCUGAGCGAGCAGUAUAAAAGACGGUCAGCGCUGCUGGACAGCAGAUUAUUGCCGUUGUUGAAGAGUUACCACCGGGUUUUAAAGAUGAGGAUGGCCGGUGGUUGCAUGAAGCUGUUUGUCGCUUUUAUUUUGGUGUCUUGUGCAAAACGUUCAGUCCAGCAGGAGGACGCCGUAGUUACCCAAGCACCAAUUAACGACAUUAAUUCUACCUACUUGUACCUCAAGUUAUAUGUUGAAGAAUACAAUGAGACGAUGAUGGAGGGUGUAAUGGCGGCAGGGGGGCGCCCUGGCCAAGCCAGCAAUACUCACAGUUGUGACUCCAUCCGGGGAGUUCCGCAGAGUCUGCGCAGUAGAACUAACAUGUAUCCCAAUGGACUGGGAUACUUUUAUCAAAAAUAUACAGAGGCGUACGGCAUCCCGGUCUUAGGGUCUCGUUACCUUAGCGACGACGCACUGAAGCGGGCGUGCUACACUGUGAGGUUCUUACUGGCUGACAGAUAUGACGUCCGUAACUCGUACUACAAGCGUUACGGACGGUUUGCCAUCAUGGGACGAAGAGAGGUAACCACCAAUAUCCCAGAACACUCUUUCCUGGAACCCGGGUUCUGGAACCAAAGAGCACGUGGCCUAGGAGCUACUGAGUCUGCGCCAGUUUCGACGGGAGCGGAAGAGAACGUGCUGUGCGAGACUGGCGACCGGUACCGUGAGGACAUCGCUCUCCACGAGUUCUCCCACGGCGUCCAUAUUCUGGGAGCCAAGUACGCCAUUAGAGGUUUCGAGAGGAGGUUGGCGGGGCUGUACAGCAGCGCACGUAGCCGAGGACUCUGGAGGGGCACAUACUCUCUGAGCACGAAGGAGGAAUACUGGGCGGAAGGGGUCCAAAGUUACUUUAACGUCAACGACUUCUCCGCGACCCCUAAUGGCGUCCAUGGUCCCAUUAACACGAGGUCUAAGCUCCAGAACUACGAUCCGGCCCUGUAUAAUAUCAUCAGGGAGGUGUACCCAUGUGGCAACACGUACAUCAAACGGUGCGGGAACAGACAGGAAAUAUACGCAAAAGAAAGAGCACAGCAACUUCGUUUAAAUUGUGAUUCAAACGGAGGCGGAGGGACUGGUGGUGGAACCGGUGGUGGAACUGGAGGGGGAACCGGUGGGGGGACCGGAGGUGGAACCGGUGGGGGAACCGGAGGUGGAACUGGAGGGGGAACCGGUGGGGGAACCGGAGGAGGAACUGGCGGAGGCAACUGUACGGACAAUGACAACCGCUGUGCUGGCUGGGCGGGAAGAGGAGAGUGCGACAAGAACCCGAGGUACAUGCUGGUCAACUGCCGGAAGAGCUGUCGCCAGUGUUCAGGAGGAGGGGGAGGAGGAGGAGGCACCAACUGUGUGGACAGGAACAUGUUCUGUGCAUCCUGGUCCAGACGCGGGGAGUGUACACGCAACCCUAGGUACAUGCUGGCCAACUGUAGGAGAAGCUGCCGGCAAUGCUGAUGACAAUCUUCCCGAUAUAAAGUUCAGUUUCUGUAAUUUAUAAAGUUUAGAUCUACCUUCUUUGAUUACGUGACUGUUGAUGUAGGAGCGUGGUCACAGCGGUUUUCACGGUUCUCAACGGUUCUGUCUGGUAGUUGAUGGACAGUGUUUUAGUAGCCUGGUACAUAAUUAAAAUUGGAACAGCAUUUUCCAAAUUUUGCCAAGUGGGCACGUGACGUAAUUUGUAGAACAAAUCAACUUAAAAACGUCGAAUGUGAAGGCCGAAUACGUUAGGGACAUUCAAAGCCGUUGUUUUUUAAUUCUCGCCUGGCUUGAAUAUUUUCAAAUGUACUUGCAAUUGUAAAGUAAUGCACACAUUUUGUCAUGUAUCAAGAAUGUGAAUAAAAGUAAAAAGUGAAUAAAAGUUUGUGUGGUAUUAAUA